AUCUAUCUAUCUAUCUAUCUAUUUGUCUGUCUGUCUGUCUGUCCGUCUGUCUCCCGUUCUCUCCAAACUCGUGUAGUAUCCUCGGCCGCCUUGAGUUGUAACAGGGGGACAACUGUUUGGUUUUGGCCCUCUGACGUCACAUCCAUUCCCACAAUGCCAUAGUAACACGACUGCGCACUCGCGCUCGUGGACGCGCACCAGCAGAGACAGCCCAUCACACACAGAGAGCGAACAUGGCGGGCACCUCCGACCCUCUGGAAGACAUGCUCUUCUCCGAGGUGGACGAGAAAGCCGUGAGCGAUCUGGUGGGCUCGCUGGAGUCUCAGCUGGUGGGUCAGAGCGAGCCGCCCGCCGCGCGCCAGAGCAGCGCGAAGCAGCAACAGCAGCAGCAGACAGGAGGAACAGCGCAGCUGCCUGCUCCUGUAGACUCUCCAUCAGAACCACAACAACAAGCGCAGCAGCAGCAGCAGAACGCGCGGAAAGCGGCGCGCAACCCGGAAUCUGACCCGAAAGACUCCAGCAUGGAUAAGCACGCCAAAGCUCUGGAGAAGGAGAGCCCUCUGAAGUCGCAUGGCAGCAUCAUCAUCAUCACUACAGCAGCGGCGGCAGCAGCAGCAUCCGACGCUCCUGCACCGGGCAACAAAGGUGAGAGCCCGAGGGACACCCGCAAGAAACACUCGGGUAAUCCGCGCACGCUGCGCUCCGCAGCAUCCCACAGUCUCAACGGCAACGGAGGCGGCGCAGCAUCAGCAUCAGCAUCAUCACCCAGCACCUCCAGCACGACUUUCACCGUGUCCAGUAACCCGCAGGCGAUCGCGCUGGACCGCGGGACGCCCACCAUCGCGCUGCACCGACUCCCGCAUCACAUCAUCGCCAGCAUCGCGCAGAAUGGAAACGGCACGUCGGUGUCCGCGUUGGUCCAGCAGGGCGCGCGGAUCAACCACAGCAAAACACCCGCGGACAACAACGCGAAGCCAGCGGCGACCUCGGCCACAGCAGCGCCUGUCAAACCCGCUGUCAGCGCGGCUGCGGUCAUCAGACCUGCGCAGACGCAGACGCAGACGCCUGCGCAGCAGAGGGUCGUAACGCCGCAGCUGAUUGUCAGACCACCGCAACAGCAAACUACUAUACAGCUGCCACCCGGAUUCACCAUCCCACCAGGUAUGGUGCUGGUCCGGACAGAGAUGGGUCAGCUGGUGAUGGUUCCUCAGCAGGCUCUGGCUCAAGCUCAGGCCCAGAACAGCAUCUCGCCGCGGCCCUCCACGCCCACCAGCGUGGCCACAUUCAGGGUCACGACCCCACAGUCUCCUGUUAGCACUCAGGCGAUUCGUCCUGCUCCUGCAGCUCAAACUAAACUGGUCCAGUCUAGUUCACCGAGCGCCGCGGCCCAGACCAGCACCGCAGCCGGCCCCGCUAAGGCCCCCGUGGCAGCCGCCGUGGCAGUGACAGCUCCCCAGCAGGUCCAGCCGGCCUUGGGCCCCCAGGGGCCCCUCACUCAGAUGCCACUGGCCCCGCAGAGUGCAGCCACCCCGGCCCCCGGAGCUCCGGUUGUCUCCCAGGAGAUGCAGGAGAACGUGAAGAAGUGCAAGAACUUCUUGGCAACGUUGAUCAAGUUGGCGUCCCAUAAUUCCCCUUCCCCAGAGACGUCUCGAAACGUGAAAGCACUGGUGCAGGACUUACUGGAUGCGAAGAUCGAUCCGGAGGAGUUCACCAGCCGCCUACAGUCCGAGCUGAAGUCGUCUCCGCAGCCGUACCUGGUCCCUUUCCUGAAGAAAAGUCUCCCUGCGUUGCGUCUGUCUCUCCUGAACAGCCAGCAGUCUCUUAUUCAGCCUCUGCAGCCCAACAAAACCUGCGUGACGCCGGUCCAGACGGCUGUCAGUGUGCGUCCGCACCAGCCCAACAGCACCACCGUACUGCCACAAGGUAUCAAGAGGGCAGUGGGUCCUGGAGGUCAGAUACGGAUGCCUGUGGUCAUAACGCAGACGGUGCGAGCGACAGGUGCUUUAGGGAAGCCUGCGGCGAUCCAGACGGGCAAAAGCCCUGCAGGCGUCACCAUACAGCUCUCAGGAAACCAGAAAAACAAGCUGAAUGACCCGGGGGGAGGCUCCUUCAGAGACGAUGAUGACAUCAACGAUGUUGCGUCUAUGGCUGGUGUGAACCUCAACGAGGAGAGCGCUCGUAUUCUAGCGACCAACUCUGAUCUGGUGGGAACGCAGAUCCGCUCGUGUAAAGACGAGGCCUUCCUGCCUGCAGGUCUGUUACACCGGCGUAUACUGGAAACAGCGAAGAGGUUUGGAGUGACGGACGUACCGCUGGAGGCUGUGAACUUCAUCUCUCACGCCACCCAGUCCAGAUUACGGACGGUGCUGGAGAAAGUUUCCUCCAUCGCCCAGCACCGAAUGGACUCGUGUAAGGAAGACGAGUGGUACGAGCAGUCGUCUGAUGUGCGCUCGCAGCUCAAGUUUUUUGAACAGCUGGAACGGAUGGAAAAGCAGAGGAAAGAUGAGCGAGAACGAGAGAUUCUCCUCAGAGCGGCCAAGAGUCGCUCGCGGCAAGAAGAUCCAGAACAAGCCCGUCUGAAGCAGAAAGCAAAGGAGAUGCAGCAGCAGGAACUCGCCCAAAUGAGACAACGAGACGCCAACCUGACGGCACUCGCCGCAAUCGGCCCUCGGAAAAAACGCAAAGUGGACUCGCCAGGAGCAACAACGACAGGCACUGAGGUGUCGGGGGGUUCGGCAGGUUCUCCGGGCGGAUCGUCGGCCCCGUCCAGCUCGUCGCGGCAGUAUAACCGCCAGAGAAUAACACGCGUCAACCUCAGGGACUUCAUCUUCUACAUGGAGCAGGAGAGAGAGACCAGCAGAUCUCUCUUACUGUACCGCGCUCUCCUGAAGUAGCCAACUGUCCACACUACAGAGGAAUCAGCAGCCAAACCACCCGAGCAGACGUUCACCCAACGACCGACUUCCUUCUCAGCCCUGCGACGUGCCUUCAGCCCCGCCUCUGUGUCUGUGACCUCGUGAUGUCAGCGUUGCUUUUGAUAGAAAAGCUUUGAAAAAAAGAAAAAAAAUGAAGAUGUACUUCACGUUUCCUGUUUUCUCCUCAACGUUAUUAGGUAAACUGUAUUUAUGAUAGUGGAUUUUAAUGGCUGUUUCUCCGGCUUUGCGCCAAGAAGCGUUUUUCAUUUGUUUGUUUGUGAAUGAAUGAAUCUGACACUGCAAAUAUCACUUUCUUCACCAGUAUUUUUGUUUGUUUUCCAGUAAAACAAAAUCCACAAAAUAAGAUGAAUUUACACAGAUAUACAUAAACUGUAAGUUAAAAAUAUUUGUGUGGCCCAAAUUAAGAAUUAAUUCUCUCGUUUUAUUAAUUCGUUCCCUUUUUUUCGUUAAAUUGUGACCACAGUUUACUAUUUGUUGCCUUCAUUGUAGUAAAUCAUGCCCAUAUUGCCCAUAUUCUUUUUACUCAAUUUGAAGGAAAACUAGGGAAUGAAUUAAUAUGAUUUUCUAAACUGAGGGAACAAAUAAGUACAAUGGCAACAAUUCAUUAAAAUGAGGGAACUAACUGGUGCAAAUUGGCAAUGAUUUAGUAAAACAAGAAAAGAAAUUAGUACAAAUUUGCCACAAUUUACUAAAACAAGGAAAUUGGUACAAAUUUGCAACGAUUUACUAAAACGAUGGAAUGAAUUUGAAUAAAUUUGCCAUGAUUUACUAAAACAAAGAACUGAAUUAGUAAAAAUGUGCCACAAUUUACUAAAACGAGGGAACAAAUUACUACAAAUUUGCCACAAUUUACUAAAACAAUGGAAUGAAUUAGUGCAAAUUUGCCACAAUUGACUAAAAUAAGGGAAGAAAUUGGUACAAAUUGGUGAAGAUUUACUAAAACAAGGAAACGAGUCAUACGAAACAAAUUUGCCAUGAUUUACCAAAAAGGAGGAAACAAAUUAGUAGAAAUUUGUCACGAGAAUGAAUUAAUAUAAAUUUGCCACGAUUGACUAAAACCAUAGAAGAACUCAGGACAUAUUUGCCAUGAUUUACUAAAACAAUGGAACGAAUUCAUACAAACUUUCCACAAUUUACUAAAAGGAGGGAAAUAAAUUAGUAAAAAUUCACCACAAUUUGCUAAAAUGAGAGAACAAAUUGAUACAAAACUGCAAUGAUUUACUAAAACGAGGAAACAAAUUAGUGCAACGUGGCCACAUAGAAUAUAUCUUGAAUUAAGUAUAUUUUCUCAAAUUAGCAUUUUUUUGGUGUAUUUUUUAAAAUAAGCUUCACUACAUAUUAUUUAUUUGUACUUUUAACAAGAAUAUCAUAAUAUUUGAUGCAUUUUUGCUCUUUUUAGUAUAAUAUAUUUCAAUAUUUUGAAAUUCCUGAUGAAGUAAGUGUUUUUCGCAGUGCAGAUGUCAUUCUGUUGUAUAUUCAACACGGAGCGCUUACAGUGACGAUCUUUGAGAUGAAACGCCUUGAAGUGAUCAGUGUACUUUCUGUUAAAGAAUUGCGUCGUUCUCUAAACCUUAUGCAGACUUUCCCAAACAUCAUCAUCAUCAUCUUCAUCAUCAUCAGUGUCCAGCCAAUCACAGUAUUAAAACCCCAUGAAAAGUUGACUAAAAACUCUUUUUCGAAACUUUUAUCAGCGAGACUUUAAUGUAAAUAGACUUUUUGACGAGUAUUGUUUUUAACAGCAUGUAUAAAUGAUUUCCAGAUGAAAAUAACGUUUUAAACUCGGAACGAAGCGUUCCUUCUAAAUCGAUCAUGAAGCUUGUGUCCGUCAUUGUGAUUCGUGCAGCUUUAAUAUGUGUCCACGAGGAGCACGAAUCACGUGUUUCCCGAAAUCAGGCCAGCAGAUCUGAGCUAUAGCAAUACAACCACACCAACACAUCGUCUGAACGUUAAAACCAACGUUUGACUUCUGAUUGUGAUGCUUUUCCCAAUCAAACACCAUAUUCAAUCAGAAAAGGUGAGACUUUCCAACCAAUCCCAAGAUUUGUUCAUUCCAACCGGAAUGCAGCAGCAGGUUAUGAAGACAAGCAUUUUAAUUUAGGAUCACACGCACUGAUGAAUCAAUCACAUUAACACUAGGAACAUGUGUUAUGAAAGUAUUAGCGAUUUAGUUUGAUUUCAUGUUUUCACCUGGACUGUAAAACUGGAUUUCACUGCCCUCGACUGUGUUUCAAACCGAUUCUACCUGUUUUAAACUCAGUAUUAUCAGUUCAUUCUCCUAUUUGUGUGCCGAUACUUUCAGCUAUUUUAAGUUAUUGAUGUCAGUCCUUCAUUUAUCGUACAUAAGCUCAAUUAAGAGGAAGAACUCGAAUCCUGGUAAGCAUUUAUUUUGGCGAGGGUUCGCCGUACAUGAUGUCAGGAGAGGUCAAGUUCUGCGACCUUUCUUCAUUCUGAGUCCGAUCAGAAACGAAUCCUCUCGCUCUUCUAUGCACCAUGAAUCCCGUUGCUUUGCGGUUUUGUGUUUGUGUGUGAAACUGAACGCACGUGGAAGGUUUUAGUUUGGUUUCUCUGUCUUCAGUGUUUCUGACGUCCAGCUGAAAUCAGCCGUGUGUCCGUCUGGGUUUGUAAAACUCUAAAAGGGAAACUUCAUUUUCUACCUAUUUAUAUUUUCUCAUUCGCAUCCACGUUUGCCACUUUUCAGGCAAUACGCUUCAUUCUCCGACAGUCCCAUUUGAAACAAGCACAAAUGUAUUUGUUGGGUUGUUUAAACCGACUUUAUUAAUCUUCUGUUUUUGCGCUGGAGGCUCUUUCUAUGACUUACGCUUUGUAGCCAAAAUAUUAUUAGGACUCUCUUCAUAUUGUAUUACUGACGUGCACAGCUGGAAUUUAAUGUUUCGAUCAACGGCUAAUUUGUAUAUAUUGUUUACAAGACCUUGUGUUUAUUAGAACUAUCUUAUUUUUGGUAAAUUCUGUACAUAUCCUGAAAUAUUUCUGUUUGUGUGAACAUACUUCUGUAUUUGUACCUAUUUUGUAAAGGAAUAAAUAAGCUGUUUACUAAA